AUGAUACGUCUUAUUGUAUCACUAAUAAUUGUAAUAUUGUUUGAAAAAAAUUAUGGACAACAAACAGUACGGCAAUGUACAUGCAAUGAAAUUGAACCAUGCAAAAAACUUGCGGUAGAAUCAGUUUUACCGUGCUCUGAUCAGUGUCAGAAAUUUGUCUCUUCCAUGGGCGGUAAUUAUCAGCAAAUUCGCAGCUGUUUCCAACAGAAACAACCAAUCAUCGAUAAAGCAAUGCAAUGCUCCCAGGAUGCAUUCCCUGAAGCGUGUUCACGGACACAACCAAAAAUGAUACCAAAACGAUAUACAAAGGGUAUUGAAAUUGCAGCUAUGAAUGAAAUUAAUAAACAAUUACAAAGAAUGGGAAUAGCAGAACAAGUUACCAAUCUAUUAUCUCAAGGCCGACGAUUUUUCAAAUGCUUUCAAUCAUGUAUGACAAAGAAAUUAGGCAAAUGCGCUGAUGGUUGUCAUCUUGAUUUGCCAUCUGACAACGUUGUGGUACAAAAAAUUAAAAGUUGCGCUCUUCGCAGUGGAGUGCAAACUGCAGCCAUGAAGGAUCUCUGUUUUUGCAUUGAAAGAGGUGGCAUCCGGCAACUUGCUGGUAUCUGUCCUCGUAUACAAAUUUUCGAAACGAAAUAA